AUGACUGAUGCAGGGGGUGAGGGAGGAUCAACUCCUGUGAUUGUGAAGGAAACUGGGUCAACUUCAGUUGCUUGUCCCAUGUUGAAUUCCACGAAUUACACGGUCUGGUCACUGAGAAUGAAGGUAGUCUUAAGAAUUCAUAAGGCUUGGAGUGUGAUUGACCCUGGAACAGAAGAGAAUGAAGAAAAAAAUUACCUGGCAAUUGGAUUGUUGUACCAAGCGAUACCGGAAUCCUUGAUUAUGCAGUUAGGAGAUGUCGAUUCAGCAAAAGCCCUCUGGAACUCGAUCAAAGUGAGGCACGUUGGAGCCGACCGGGUGAAAGAAGCCAGACUUCAAACCCUAAAUUCCGACUUUGACAGAUUAAUAAUGGCAGAGAAAGAAUCAAUCGACUCCUUCGCCGGGAAAUUAUCGGAAAUCGCCUCUCAAUCGGCGUCACUGGGUGAAACCAUCAAAGAAUCAAAGAUGGUGAAGAAGCUACUAAAAUCCGCACCGAGGAAGUUUCUUCACAUUGUCGCAUCACUUGAGCAGGUUCUCGAUUUGAAGACAAUCGGAUUUGAGGACAUCGUCGGACGAUUGAAAGCAUACGAGGAGAGGGUGAAGGAGGCGGAUGAGAGCAGUGAAGGAUCUAAAGCGCUAUUUGUCGACGGUGGGAAUCAAAGCUGGAGAAGAAAAGGGAAAGUAAUUAAUCAAGGAACUGGUACGACUGGGAACAAUAUACACGGGUCGAGUGGAUCUGGAUCCGGAUCCUGUGGGUCUAAUAUGUCAAGUGGAUCUGGGUCUAAAGCAAAACAGGCCCAAAGACAAUCAAAUAGUAGUCGAUCCAAUAGUAAGCCAAAUUUCAAUUUUGAUCCAAAUAGUAAACCAAAAAAGGACCGAUCCAAAAUUAUUUGUUACCGGUGCGAUAAACCGGGCCACUUCGCGUCUCAAUGUUCGGACUGA